ACGCAGUCUGGAUUACGGACUCCCCAGUGUACCCUACAAGGGACCCUUAACAAGCCAGAGGAUAGAGUCCUGAUGAAGCGUCUUAUUUCGUUAUGGAAAAGGAGGUUUGGUGAAGAAGUCAACAAAGAUUUGGUUUACAUUGUUGCUGUAGAGAAGGUCCUGCAGAUGGAAGAUUUCAAGGAGGAUGGCGAAUGGGUGAGAUCCUCAGAUUAUAAAAACGCGCAACCUGAUCCUCUUCGAGAUUGUGCAGAGAAGUUGGUGGAUGAAGACACAAACAACAUGGAAGAUAUUACUCGCUUUUGCAAUGUAUAUGUUGAUUUGGAUUUUCAGGUUAGCUCUAAAUCUUUUGUGCAAAUGAUAUGGGUUGACCGCCUGGGCUUUGACAUGCGUCUCAGCUCCCCUGAGAAAGGCAUGUUCGAGGUGCGCAUUCCUUUUCCCAGAGAAGUCAUCGAUGAAAAAGGUGCCAAGUCAACAUUCAAUUGUAUGUCACAAAUGGCAUGGGAGGUGGAAAAAAACUUCCAUGCUCCAGAUUUUGAGAAGGUUAAACGUUUGAAGCAAAUAAAGUCCUGAUUCUUCAUUUUAGUUGAUUUUGAUUACCCAUUCUUAAAUCCUUUAUCAAAUACCCCCCACUUAUUAAAAUUGUAAUCUACCAAGAC